AUGGACACACAAGCAGGAAUAUCUCAGAAGGACAUCUAAUGUUAUCCCUGGAUUGUGACAUAAAAGAUAAUGACAGUAGACAGGAUUCUCCAGGAGAUAACCCCAUUACCCCAAUUGUACAUCCAGCUCUAUCAGCUGAUCCCUCUGAUCCAGGGAAAUGUUCUCCUGAUCACUCUGAUAUUGGUGCAUCUGUUACAGCACUGACAGUAGAUACAGUGUUUCCCUGUUCUAUAGAUGCCAAAUGUUUUACACAAAACACAAAGCCUAUUACCCAUCAGACAGGUAAGGCAGGUGAGAGGCCAUUUCCAUGUUCUAAGUGUGGGAAAUGUUUUGCACAGAAAUCAUCUCUUGUUAUACAUGAGAGAAGUCACACAGGUAAGAAGCCAUUUUCAUGUUCUGAGUGUGGGAAAUGUUUUACAUCCAAAUCAUAUUUUGUUAUACAUCAGAAAACUCACAUAGGUGAGAGUCCAUUUACAUGUUCUGAGUGUGGGAAAUGUUUUACACGUAAAUCACAUCUUGUUCAACAUGAGAGAAGUCACACCGGUGAGAAGCCAUUUUCAUGUUCUGAGUGUGGGAAAUGUUUUACACGGAAAUCACAUCUUGUUCAACAUGAGAGAAGUCACACCGGAGAGAAGCCAUUUUCAUGUUCUGAAUGUGGAAAACGUUUUUCACACAAGUCUUGUCUUGUUAUACAUGAGAGAAAUCACACCGGAGAGGGGCCAAUUUCAUGUUCUGAGUGUGGGAAAUGUUUUGCACAGAAAUCAACUCUUGUUAGACAUGAGAGAAGUCACACCGGAGAGAAGCCAUUUACAUGUUCUGAGUGUGGGAAAUGUUUUUCACUAAAAUCAAAUCUUGUUCAACAUGAAAGAAGUCACACUGGAGAGAAGCCAUUUUUUUGUUCUGAGUGUGGAAAAGGUUUUUCACACAAGUCAUAUCUUGUUAUACAUGAGAGAAGUCACACCGGAGAGAAGCCAUUUUCAUGUUCUGAGUGUGGAAAAGGUUUUUCACACAAGUCAUAUCUUGUUAUACAUGAGAGAAGUCACACAGGUGAGAAGCCAUUUGCAUGUUCUGAGUGUGGAAAAGGUUUUUCACACAAGUCCUAUCUUGUUAGACAUGAAAGAAGUCACACAAGUGAGAAGCCAUUUUCAUGUUCUGAGUGUGGCAAAUGUUUUAUACGGAAAUCACAUCUUGUUAGACAUGAGAGAAGUCACACAGGUGAGAAGCCAUUUUCAUGUACUGAGUGUGGGAAAGGGUUUAUACAAAAAUCACAUCUUGUUCGACAUGAGAGAAGUCACACUGGAGAGAAGCCAUUUUCAUGUUCUGAGUGUGGGAAAGGUUUUAUACGGAAAUCACAUCUUGUUCAACAUGAGAGAACUCACAGAGGUGUGAAGCAAUUUGGACACACAAGCAGGAAUAUCUCAGAAGGACAUCUAAUGUUAUCCCCGGAUUGUGACAUAAAAGAUAAUGACAGUAGACAGGAUUCUCCAGGCGAUAACCCCAUUACCCCAAUUAUACAUCCAGCUCUAUCAGCUGAUCCCUCUGAUCCUGGGAAAUGUUCUCCUGAUCACUCUGAUAUUGGUGCAUCUGUUACAGCUCUGACAGUAGAUACAGAGUUUCCAUGUUCUAUAGAUGCCAAAUGUUUUACACAGAACACAAAGCUUAUUACCCAUCAUCCAGCUAAGGCAGGUGAGAGGCCACUGAUAUGUUCUGAGUGUGGGAAAUGUUUUACAAAGAAAUCAGCUCUUGUUACACAUCACAGAAGUCACACAGGUGAGAAGCCGUUUUCCUGUUCUGAGUGUGGGAAAUGUUUUACACAGAAAUCAGCUCUUGUUACACAUCAGAGAAGUCACACAGGUGUGAAGCCGUUUUCCUGUUCUGAGUGUGGGAAAUGUUUUGCAUUGAAAUCAGUUCUUGUUAAACAUCAGAAUAGUCACUCAGGUGAGAAGCCGUUUUCCUGUUAUGAGUGUGGGAAAUGUUUUGCACUCAACUCAAAUCUUGCUACACAUCAGAGAAGUCACACAGGUGAGAAGCCGUUUUCCUGUUCUGAGUGUGGGAAAUGUUUUGCACGCAACUCAAAUCUUGCUACACAUCAGAGAAAUCACACAGGUGAGAAGCCGUUUUCCUGUUCUGAGUGUGGGAAAUGUUUUACAAAGAAAUCAACUCUUGUUAUACAUCAGAGAAGUCACACAGGUGAGAAGCCGUUUUCCUGUUCUGAGUGUGGGAAAUGUUUUACAAAGAAAUCCGCUCUUGUUACACAUCAGAGAAGUCACACAGGUGAGAAGCCGUUUUCCUGUUCUGAGUGUGGGAAAUGUUUUACACAGAAAUCAGUUCUUGUUACACAUCAGAGAAGUCACACAGGUGUGAAGCCGUUUUCCUGUUCUGAGUGUGGGAAAUGUUUCGCAAUUAAAUCAGAUCUUGUUACACAUCAGAGAAGUCACACAGGUGAGAAGCCGUUUUCCUGUUCUGAGUGUGGGAAAUGGUUUACACAGAAAUCAUCUCUUGUUACACAUCAGAGAAGUCACACAGGUGAGAAGCCGUAUUCCUGUUCUGAGUGUGGGAAAUGUUUCACACAGAAAUCACAUCUUGUUACACAUCAGAGAUGUCACACAGGUGAGAAGCCAUUUUCAUGCUGUGAGAGAAAUAAAUCCGCUCUUGUUGAACACAUUAGACAUUACCCAAGUACGGAACCAUUUAAAUCUUCUGGAGUAUAAUCAUCACUGUCGUCCAAUGUUCCUCAAGGGUGAAUCCUAUCUCCUAUGCUUUAUAAAAUAUACAUGCUAGCACUGGGUGAUAUAAUCAGACGUCAUGGCCUGGUCUACCACUGCUAUGCAGAUGACCUGCUUUUUGCUCCAUGUACUGAGAACCUAAUACCAAUAAAUGGUUGUCUAGCUGAGCGCCAGGGGUGGAUGAUGCCAGUUGGCUAUGACUCAGUCUUUGUGAAACAUAAUAGAAGCUCACCAACAAAGGACAAGACUACAGCUUUACCAACCAUCUGGAUUUAUGCUUUGGUGUUCAGAAUCGCAAAAUACUGAACGUGUGCUGAAUCUUUGUGUUGUCCUAGUAUGUGGCUGACACAGACAUCAGGUAUCUGCCACAUACAAAUCCUCAUUCUUCCAUCUGUGGACCAUAGCCAGAAUCAAACAUUUGAUUCCCUCGGAAGUUCAUAGACUACUGCAAUGCCAUCUACCUGGGUCACCCAGCAAAAUAAUUACAGAGCUUGCAGAUAGUACAUAAUGCAGCAGCCAAGCUGUUACCUAACCAGCCCGUUCCUGCCACAUAACACCCAUUCUCUGCUCCCUUCACCGGCUGCCUGUAAGAUGACAAAUCUAUUUCAUAAUUGGCUAACUGACCUUCCCAGCCCAACAUUACAUGGUCCAAGGUGCUAGAAGCAGCUUCUGUCUCCUUACUGCCCUGCUUGCUUGCUUCUACAGAUGAAGGACUGUUACCAGCAGUACCAAGAAUCUCCUGUCAUUCAUUUAAGGGUCAAAUUUUUAACUUUGCAGCCCUUACCAUGGAACGUACUGCCUUGCACAGUCCAAGAGACCACCACUCUAGAGAACGUCACAAAUAGACUGAUGACUGCUACUCACGCUUUUCAUUAAUGUACCUCUAUUUACUUCCUAAAUAAUACAUCCUAAAUGCUUAGGUCUUUUUUCUGCUGUUUAUUUUGUAUCUUGUGCUUUGUGUAAAUGUGAAUGUCUAAUACCAGUUUGCACAAUCUGUAUUGCUGCACGACAAUAUGGCGGCCAUUGGAACAUGUUUUCACUUCUAGUUUGCCUAACUUGUUGCAGACACUCAUCUUGAUCAGGAGUGCUGAGUGUUUUCUGAUACAAGAUCCUAUCUAUAUAUACCCUGUAU